CGGGUACUCGAAGAGGUCCGGGGGCGGCUGUCCUCGGGCGGUGGGCUGCGAGACCGUCGCAGGGCUCGAUUCCCGGUCCCGCCCCGCCGAACCCCGCCCCUCCGCCCGCGAGGAGUGCAGCCACAGAGCCGCUGUCGCCGGGCCAGCCUAGGGCGGCCGGCCCAGAACCACCCGAUGAGAUCUCUUCCCUCUAGGGAUGGUGAAGUUGGAGAGAGGCUCCUUUAACCCUCCUGCAGGAUGAAUCCCCUGCCUGAAGACAUGGAGAACACUCUCACGGGGAGUCAAAGCUCUCACGCUUCCCUGCGCGACGUCCAUUCCAUCAACCCCACGCAACUCAUGGCCAGGAUUGAGUCCUAUGAAGGAAGAGAAAAGAAAGGCAUAUCUGAUGUCAGGAGGACUUUCUGUUUGUUUGUCACCUUUGACCUCUUAUUUGUAACAUUACUGUGGAUAAUAGAGUUAAAUGUGAAUGGAGGUAUUGAGAACACAUUAGAGAAGGAGGUGGUGCAGUAUGACUACUACUCUUCUUAUUUUGAUAUAUUUCUUUUGGCCGUGUUUCGAUUUAAAGUGUUAAUACUUGCAUAUGCCGUGUGCAGACUGCGCCACUGGUGGGCCAUAGCGUUGACGACAGCAGUGACCAGUGCCUUUUUACUAGCAAAAGUGAUCCUCUCAAAGCUUUUCUCUCAAGGGGCUUUCGGCUACGUGCUGCCCAUCAUUUCUUUCAUCCUUGCCUGGAUCGAGACAUGGUUCCUGGAUUUCAAGGUGUUACCUCAAGAGGCAGAAGAAGAAAACAGACUCCUGAUCGUUCAGGAUGCCUCAGAGAGGGCAGCACUGAUACCUGGUGGUCUUUCUGAUGGUCAGUUUUACUCUCCUCCUGAAUCCGAAGCAGGAUCUGAAAAUGAAGCUGAAGAAAAGCAGGACAGUGAAAAACCACUUUUAGAACUAUGAGUGAGACUUUUGUUAAAUGUGAAAAACCUUCAUUGAAAGUCACCAGAGGGGAAAAAAGGACUGGAGGUGGGGUCUCCCUAUUGAAGGUUGAAAUGGUGACAUCCACUGCUGACGUUAUUGAACGGCUAAUAAAGAAUUUAUUUAUUGUAAUACUUCACAGACAUGGUACCAUAUCCACAUACAUGUAGUCACCUGCCUGUGGGCUGGUAGGAUAAUGUCAUGAUGCAGCCUGUGUUCGGUAAGACUGAGUCUGAUCUGUAAAUGAAUAGUUGCAGAAAGUCUUGUGUUGUGUUCCUGAUCAAAAGACUUCUUAAUAUAUUGGAAUAACACUUUUUUUAGUAUGCAAAAUAUCCUUUUAUUUUGAUUUGCAGAAUGGAAUUUUUUGUUUCAUGUCAGAUUCCUUUUGUAUUUCUUUUUUAAUUCCUGACAUUUCCCUUGUGUUUUUCUUAACUCAUGCACAUGCCCGAUUUGUACAGUUUUAAAAGGUAAUAAAAUCCAACAUAUCAAAAU